AUGGUACGGAGUUUGGAGGAGCCUCGAGGUUUGGGAGAUGCGCUCAGAGAUCUGCUUGCGAGAAGUGUACUGGCCGGAAUGGGCAAACGAGACACUACAAGCACUACCAGCAAUAUUGAAGGCAAGAUCACAGAUGUGAAAACCGCAUUUUCCAGUUGGGACAAUUGUAUGCAGGCUACAUUUUGCAAAUGGCCUGUGAUCGCAGUCAUCAUUUGUUGUGGCUCAUGCUGUGGCAUGUGCGACUCGCCCAAGAAGAAGAAGUAUUUGGACGAACCUUAUGUUCCACCUCACCAUGACCAGGGAUACCGCUCAGAGGCUCCGAUGACAGCUGCGCAUGCUGUGCCGGCCUCUACCUACGACAAGCCCAUAGCCAAGCCAGAGCCACCGCAGUAUGCCGAAUUCGAGACCAGCAAGAAAGGAGGUGGAGACGAGCUGCCAGCAAUGCCGAGCUGGGAGGGCGGUAAUUCCAAGAAGGUUGCAAUAGAGGAUGCGGUAGAAUUGGAGCAGCUUAAGAAGCCCGAGACUGCUCAGAAUGCACCACUCAUGGGACCAGGCGCUAUGUCGUUACCAGCAAGUCCCAAUCCAGGAUCUCAAAUGCGUGGAAAUAGUCCAUACGGGGCUCCUAGCCAAAAUACCUCGGGCUACAUGACGCCUGCCCGUUCAGCGACAGAUCCAUACGCGAUGAGCGGGAUGGGUCAACAGCCACCCACUCGCUCUAACACGGACCCGUAUGGAAGGGGUGGGGCUGGCCAGCAGCAAGCUUACAACAACUAUGCCAACAAUGGCUAUGGCCAGAUGUCUCGUGACAACGUAAGCCAAGGUUAUGAUCAGGGGUACGGCAACUCGGGCUAUAGCAACCAAGGUUACGAGAACCAAGGCUACAACGAUCAAAGUUUCGGAGCUGCAGCGGCAGCAACUUCGAUGGGUCAAGGCAGACGGACACCGCACCAGGAUUAUAACAAUAGUGGUUAUCGAGGUGCAACAGGUGGUCAAGGGUUCCCACAAACUCGAACUCCCAGGCCAUAUGACGAGUACGGACGGAGCAUGACGCCUGCCACCGGCCCAUCCCGAAGCAACACGCCUGGAAAUGGCUAUGGACGACCACCUCAAGGCCGGUCCCCAGCACCACCAAAUGCACCAUACGGAAACCCAGAUCGGAUGCGAUCUCCUGCUCCUCAACAAACCGGAUAUGAUUAUGACCAUAGAAGCAAUACGCCGAACAGUUAUGGCAGACAGUACCCAGCCGCACCUUCACGACAAUACUCUUCAGACUCCGCUCGACCAUUGGUUAGGGCCGAGCCUGACCGCCAAUACACAGACGCAUCUUACCAUCACGGGGCGCCCUCAUAUCAACAGGAGCCAGAAGAGCCCCAGUCCCCCAUCGUCAACACGGCAGGCUUUGACUUCACAUCUGGCUACAGCCGGUCACAAGCUAUAGAUGCCAGCCAAACACCGCAACCACCGCCACCACCCCAACAGGCUAACGGCGGAGGGUCGGCCUACCCGGGAUACCGGGCAUAUAAGCCUCAGCAAUGA